ACUCAAACCGCUUUUUUUUUUAUGUACCCACGAAAACCAAUCUCUCUCUUUUUUUUCUAUGCACAUACAAACCAAUCUAUUUAUUUUUUUAUGUCCAUCCUAACCAAUAAUUUUUUUUCAUCUAUGCUCACCAAAACCAAUCGCUUUUGUUUUUUUUCCUGUGUAUGUGUGUGUGUGUGUGUGUGUGUGUGUGUGUGUGUGUGUGUGUGUGUGUGUGUGUGUGUGUGUUCACCUAAACUAGUCUCUUUCCUUUUUGUGUUCAUCUUCAGUCUUUUUUCUGUUCACUUAGACCAGUCUCCCUGUUUUCUCCCCUCCGAUAGUAACCAAAGCUCUAAACAUUAAGAACACCAAAGCACUGAAAGAUGAAGAUAACACACAACAAAAUAAACAACACCUGUGCGUCCUCUAAUUAAUACAGGUGUCGUCAGGUCAUUUUUCCCACCUUGCUGUACCACCUGGCUGGUACUAUGCAUGCUGAAACAUUAUUACUUAUGUUAUUGUUGCUAUUACUACACGUUAUAAGUAAAUGGUGGUACUUAUGAAGCGCCUUUACACUUACAGACUUUACACUUUUUUUUUCUACAGUUUAGAUUCAUAUGGGGUAUUCAGCCAAGCCAAGCCACGCCCCUUCACACCUCAAGCACCAAUCAGAUUCACCCUCCUCUCUGUUGGGCCAGUGAGAAAGGAGGUUUAAAGCAAAGUGGGAGGAGCUUUCUUGUGACAUGUAAAUUAUAUGAUAGAGAAAAGCGAAGAUAUACGAAGAAAUAAGACAGAGAGACAGGAAAAGAAAUAUGAAGCUUCCAAGGAGGCAGACCAGUGGACCAGCGAUGAGGACACCUCCCUGCGUGCCGCCGCCAGCCACGCGCCCUCCCACGCCCUGAGCUCCGAGGAAGACGACUACGACGACUUGGACCUUGACUCCGAGGAGGAGCAGCGGGACGGCAGCGAAAAGCCUAAGGUCGAGACCGAGGAACACUAUGUGUACGAGUACGAGGACGAGUACGAGGACGACUACGACGACGAGGACGAGGGCGAGGAACGUAUUAAGAGGAAGGUGAUCUUCGGCGGCGGCGGCGGGUACGGCGGCGUGCACCGCAGCAGGGGCGGCGGCGGCGGGGGAGAUCCCUACGGACGGCGCCGCGGCAACCACAACUACCACGGCCCGGACUACGGCAACUACGGGUCGUGGCCGUACGGGCGCGGCGAGUACGUGGACACCAGCUCCUUUGACAACGUUCGCACCGAGACCCCGGAGCCCACCACCACCACCACCACCACCACUCGCGCGUCCCCCACUCGCGCCUCCGCCAGGUCCAGGGCGUACGGCAUUGUGCGCUCCUCGCCCGGCGACGGGGACGUGCCCAGCACCUCCGGCAGGAAGUCCAAGACAGGCCGGCGCGAGACCAAGAGGAAGCUGCCCAAGAACCUCAAGUUAGAGAUCGCCGAGUACGCCCUGCAGUACGGCACGCGGCAAGCCGUGCAACACUACUCCCAGCAGGUCGGCAAGCGCAUCAGCGAAAAGAAGAUCGAAAAGUUCGUGCGGCGGUACCAGCAGCGGCAGGAGCGGACCGAGGCGCGCCAGAACUAGUCCCUGGCACCCGCCUCGACGCCUCGACGCCUCGCUGUACAUACUUCCGUCAGACACGCUGGUCCUCCAGACAGCGCCGCGGCGCAGCACCGCCGGCGUAUCUGGAGUUAUUUACAGUUAACUUAAGUCCCUGAGGGGCGCUCUUAUAGCCACGAGGCCCCGCAGGACAAGUAAGCUAGGCAUCCUUGUUGCUGUACACCAGGUAAGCUUUACACUCAGCCACGAGGGGAGGGGAUCGCGUGCACCAGUGGGGCAGCGCAGCCCAGGCGUUGCCGUGCUGCGCGGGAAGACGUUCGCGCCGUCAAGCUCUCUCAGCCUCGCAUGUUGCCGUAGUCACGUAAGCUGUAUUACCUCACACCUUGUACCUGGAAGAGAGAGAGAGUCAGUCUUCUUGCUGCCGGUAAAGGAAAAGCCACCAGGAGGAUCGCGCCCCUCAACACAGCGUCCCUAGCAGCCUGAUUGGCGAAACCUGAAAAAAAUAAAAAUAAAAAAUAAUAAUCCAUGCCUAGGACCAUCCGCCAGAGGUCAGGAUGGUCAGGAUGGUUCCAGGCUUUCAUAUUCAAAUAAAUGAUAUUAAUGCUAAGUGGAGUGCAACGAGUAGGUAACUUAUAACCCCGGUAGUUUAGGAUGUUUCCCUUGCGGCACCUCACCUCGCCCCUGCAGGCGCGUGGCUCAGCUGAUCACGACGCUACUGGCACACACCCGCCCUCUUAUUGUUGUUGUUAUUGUUAUUUGUCUUGUUUCCUUUUCCGAACAGGGUAUAUAGGAGGAAGAGGAGAGGAGAAUGACAAAUGUACGUAGAAAGAAGUUCAAAUAUUAAGGUGCAUCUUGUGUUGCGCAGGUGAGGUUGUGGAGGGGACAGGUGUGGUGAGGUGUUGCACAAAACCUUUGCUUAUUGUGCAUAUAGCUUUGACCAGUGCCUGUGUAACCUGUGUUCUAUAUGAGGACUUUGACGUGUGUGUGUGUGUGUGUGUGUGUGUGUGUGUGUGUGUGUAUGCUACUAGGCGGUCACCCAUCCAAGCACUAACCAGACACAGCGUUGCUUAACCUCGCUGAUGGGACAAGAAGCGGUGCAUUCAACGUGUGUGUGUGUGUGUGUGUGUGUGUGUGUGUGUGUGUGUGUGUGUGUGUGUGUGUGUGUGUGUGUCAUCAAUUCAUAAAAAAAACUUUAUAUGUAUUAUUCUUAUAUAUAUAUAUAUAUACAUAUUUAACUCGCACGAUUAGAAAUUCAACACGUGCACGUACAACAUUCUUAUGCACGUGUCUAAAGUACGGACGCGCGAGGUAUCCACAACUCACGUGCAUUUGAAACACUUUAGUUCAAAUUCCAGUACGUUAAUUUUUCAGUCUACUUGUUUUUCUGUCUGCUUAGUUUCCUGUCCUCUUGUCUCUCUCACUCCUGUCUUCCCGUCCAUUCGUCUUUCUAUCUGUCUGUCUUCAUGUUAGUCCGUUGUAUUAUCUUUGUCUCUACCAUUAAUACUCAAAAAAGUGACGAAAAACGCGAUUCACCGUGAAAAUCUCCGAGGGUCUGUUGAGAGAGAGAGAGAGAGAGAGAGAGAGAGAGAGAGAGAGAGAGAGAGAGAUAUGUGCGUGCGUGCUCCUAUACGGUCACCCAUCCAAGCACUAACCAGACACUGCGUUGCUUAACCUCGCUGAUCGGACAAGAAGCGGUGCGUUCGACAUCUGCAUGUGUGUGUGUGUGUGUGUGUGUGUGUGUGCCAAAAGUUUCCACGCAUGUCAGACCUCUCGUAGUCCUUAAGAAUAUUUAUGAUAGAGUUGGUUUAUAAGAGCAAAUGUUGUACUCUUCUAUACCGUGUGAAACCAGAAUAUAACACUGAGCAAAGG